GUACCGCUUCCACUUUGACGACUACACGGUGCCCGACCUGUGCAAGAUCGUCAACAUCAAGAUCAAGGCCAAGGGCUACAAGAUGACCGCCGACGCCGAGAAGAACCUCAACGCAAUCAUCGACAAGAACACCACCGCCGACCUGCGCUCAAAGUACAACGGCCGGCUGACUGACAACCUGCUGCAGUGGGCGGCCGACUGCAUGAACCAGCGACUCGACCUGACUGCCUCGGGGGAGCAGCUCAUCACGCUGACCAAGGACGACCUCUCCGAGGCGAUCAAAAAGUUCCAGCUCGCAAGGCCGCCCCAGAAGAAGGACCCGGCGCUGCUCGGCGGCGAGCAG